UUCCUCAUUCUUCUCCAGCAGGGCCUGCCCCAGCUCUGCUGCCAGAAUCAGGUCCGUCUCAAUGCCCCCUCCAGUGUCGAUGCCACCGUUCGUCGUCAUCGAUGCAGGGAGGGCGAAGGAAAGAGAGAUGGAAGAGGUCGCCGAAAGAGGGAAGAAGGAGUCCUCCAGGCUGGGGGAAGGAAGACUGUCCUUCCUGGGGGUGAACAUGGUCUCAAAAUGGCAGGAGUCAGUCGGAGGACAUCAUCAUAGGUCCAAGAUAAGUUCGUGAUCAGACAUCAUUUAUUUCCUUAAAGGCCUGUCUUGAAAAUCCUUGUUCUUCCACGUGGUGCUGAUGCUGGUAUCAUUCAAUCCUUCUCCCCUGUGUGCAUACAAACAUAAUAAUGAACCAACUGUAAAUACAGGACAGACAAGAUCAUGACGAUAUGCCAUUUGCUGUUUUCUCGUAAUCGAAUCUCACACGCUCCUUUGUCUGACAGGCGCUUUUGUUAUGUUCUGACCGAAAUUCCAGCUCUAUUAUUGUCAUUGUUUUGAUUAACCCCCUUCCUUGAAUUCCACAGUUAUUACCCCCCAAACAUGUCAUUAAAAGUCAACAAAAGUUCCUUUAGUUAAUGAUUGAGGGCGAGGAAAUUGUGUAUUUUCAAAGUACUUUCAAACAACACGACAAUGCAACCACAAUAGUAAACACACUGUUAAAUGACCACCUUUCUGACAGCAAAACUAAGCAUUAGUAACUUUGUAAAGACACAAUUCUUCAUACUAUUCUUGUAUAUGAUCUCCUUAUAUUGUGUUGGUGUACUUACAAUAACAGUAGAUGUGGGAAAAGUAGCAGGAAGUUGGUUUAUUUAAUCUUUCACCUCAGAGUGCUUAAUGGCAGUUUGGUCAUGUCAUGUGUUCACCAUGUUACUCUUCUCUUGGUGGAAAAAUAUUAUAGUAUAUAGUAUAGUUUUUAGAUAGCUUGUUCGGUGAUAUCAAAUCAAACUUUAUUUGCAAAGCCCAUUCCAUCAGCUAUAGUGUAGGAAAAUAGAGCAAUAAAAAUAAAGUCACAAUUAAUACAAGUGUAACCGUCAUCUUAAAUACCAAACGCAGCUUUAAAUAGAUAGAUAUUAAGUUUAGUCUUCAACAAAUGUACAUUUGGGAUGGUCUGUUUUUCGGCUAGUAUUUUAACGUAUAUAAAAUUGAAUUCAAAAAUAGCAGAAACAUUGUAAAUGUAUACCUACUGUAAAUGCAGGCUAUAUCAUAUAAAAUACCUUAAAUAAUAUAAAGAAUACAUCUUAAUUACAGUGGUAAAAAAUGGACAUAAACAUACUAUUGCCACAAUACUGUCAUGUUUAAGUAUAUUUUAAAUCUUAAGAAAUUAUGGAAUUCUGAGCAAUGUAGCAGAAACCAGGGAGUCAAUCUUACCUGAGAGUCCAACUCGCGCUGUAGGUUAAUAGUCUUCCUGUUUGGCGAGUGUGUGUGUGUGUGUGUGUGUGUGUGUUUGCACAGGAGAGGCUCAGCUGGUUCCCUUAGCAGUGGAACUACACAGUAUGUAAAUACACCUAAAAGCUCCGCCUCUUUGCAGUGAUAGAGUGACAGAGAUUAGUGUGAGGAGCAGCAAGAUGGCACCUAGUGGCGGAACAAGGAAAGGAAAAAAAACAGACAAAGGUUGUCUGAAAGGAUGAAUGCUCACUCAGGUGUGAGCACAGUGGGCCAGUGGGCAUGGAAGGGGGCGGUUUUGAGGUCAGAACACAAGUAUGAGGUUGUCAAAUCUGCACCCCCUUCCCGCCUCCCUCCUUCUCAUCCCUUCAUCCUGUUUACCAACUUUCAAAGGAUUUCUGUGUAUGCAAGUAGAAGAGGGAGUAGAUUGGGGGGUAGAAAUAGUGAGCAAAAUCACCACACCUCCUGCAAAAGCUCUGAAGAAGAGUGUUGAAGAUCAGUGGGUGCAGACAUGACUCUUUGCAGAUUCUUUCUGGUUAUCUUGCUCGGCCUUUUGCUCACGCUAACCUCUGAUGCUGGAAGACAGAUGACUAAACUUUCCACCCGGAAACUCUGCGCAGACUCAGACUGCAGCUAUGCCAUCCUGAUAGCUCGUGCUACGCAGGACUAUAACUCCGAAGACUGCAGGUUCAUCUCCAUCAGGCAGGGGCAGCUGGUUUAUGUCUACGCCAUGCUGCAGGACACUGGCAACCUCUUCUGGGCCGGAAGUGUCCAGGAUGGAGAACAGGGGGCUCGACUCGGUCACUUUCCCAGCACUGUGGUGGAGGAGGUGCAUCCUCUCAUGCCAGCUAACACAGAAGUGAAGACGACCAAAUGGGACUUUUACUGUAACUGAACUGGUAUAAAACUAGGAAGAGAUCAACCGUCUGGUUAUUUUACCUUACACAGUUAUAUAAUUGGUACACAUACACAUUCAAAAGCAAAUCAAAAAAUGUGAAAAGCAAUCAGUUUUUGGUAGUUUUCAGUGGUUUAGAAUUGCACUGUUUCUGAAAUCGCCGCCUUUUGCUACAUGCAAACUCCAAUCACAGUAAUAAAUAAUUUUAUGAACACAGUAAAAUGCCCAAGUUGAUUUGUUUUCUCCUUUUUUUGCUUACAGAAAUGAGACUUUUACUGUAACUGAACUGGUAUAAAACUAGGAAGAGAUCAACCGUCUGGUUAUUUUACCUUACACAGUUAUAUAAUUGGUACACAUACACAUUCAAAAGCAAAUCAAAAAAUUUGAAAAGCAAUCCGUUUUUGGUAGUUUGCAGUGGUUUAGAAUUGCACUGUCUCUGAAAUCGCCGCCUUUUGCUACAUGCAAAUUCCAAUCACAGUAAUAAAUAAUUUUAUGAAUGCAGUGAUACCUUGGCUCAGCAUAUAAUUUUAUUUUGACUAAUUGUCAUGCUUUAGGCUAUGAGGAAAAAUUUGGGUGACAAGCCUCCCCAUUGCUAGUGGACAUAGCGAAUUGUCAUGAUCUCUCAUGACAUUAUUAUUAGUUUCUAGUAUUUUAUUUCUUUUUGCCUCCUUUUGCCAUCACUUUGUUUGUCCAUGCUUCCUGUGACUGUUUGGUCUUUUAGCGCAUUUCCCUGCUGCAAUAUUUUUGCUAUUAAAUACUUUUUACAUUCA